GCGAGUGCCAGUCUUCGCCCGUCUGCCCCUUGGUGAAGAAACUUCGACAACCGGAGGCUAGUGCCUGUCUUCGCCCGUCUGUCCCUUGGUGAAGAAACUUCGACAACCGGAGGCUAGUGCCUGUCUUCGCCCGUCUGUCCCUUGGUGAAGAAACUUCGACAACCGGAGGCUAGUGCCUGUCUUCGCCCGUCUGUCCCUUGGUGAAGAAACUUUUACAACCGGAGGCUAGUGCCUGUCUUCGCCCGUCUGUCCCUUGGUGAAGAAACUUCGACAACCGGAGGCUAGUGCCUGUCUUCGCCCGUCUGUCCCUUGGUGAAGAAACUUCGACAACCGGAGGCUAGUGCCUGUCUUCGCCCGUCUGUCCCUUGGUGAAGAAACUUCGACAACCGGAGGCUAGUGCCUGUCUUCGCCCGUCUGUCCCUUGGUGAAGAAACUUCGACAACCGGAGGCUAGUGCCUGUCUUCGCCCGUCAGUGCCAUAGUGAAGAACUCAGUGUUCUGCGACUAGGAGAGCCAUGGCCACUAAGAAGGCCGCCGCCAAGGAGAGAAGGCAGCAGUACAAACAUGCUGUCCUUAACUACAUUAAGGAGAAGGGCGAAGACGACGCCCACGAGAGGGAAGAGGUCCUGAGCAGCCUGACUUCGGACCUCGGCCUCAGCAAAGACGACAGAAAUUCCCUGAACCAGGUCAUCACUACGAUGAUAGCUCAAGGACUCAUAAUCCUUGAACUGGAUGGUGGCAUAGAAAGCAUCCGACUCGAGGAUCCAGACAAGAGUAUCAACAAGGAUAAGAAAAAAAGGAAAAAAAUGCCACAAGGCAAAAGGAAAAGGUUCAGGCCCUUAACUGGUCCGCCAUCACCUUCUACAAUUCUGACGGGUUCUACACCGUCUACAUCAAUGGCCGUGGAGGAUUCUGACGUCGAGUCAGACUAAGAUGACCACUGCCAAGAAAACCUGAGGAUAUAACUACCCACUAUUCAGUCGCUAAAUCUGGCCAGGGAAACGAUCCUCGUGGGGAGGGAUCGCCGUGCGGGCGACGCUGAUGAGACUCCCUUGGACGCCACGGAUAAGCCUCGGACUGAUCGAGGCGAGGAACCCGUGGCACCGUCGGCGUCUCCGGGCUGGGACGUCUCGACGAUCGCCGCGCCCUUCCGUGACAUCGGUGGCCUGAGGCGCAGAGGAAGGGCGCAGGCCUGCGUCGACGCGGGGAUUCGGGCCUCUCCUGGAAGACCGGAUGACGAGGCUGGGCGAAGGGCUGUUCGCCGAGGUGCUCGCCACGGGCUGCCCGGGCUCGCCGCCCUUGUGCAUCUAGAGCUUCAAGGACCACUUCGCCUCGUCCUCGCCUCAACGUUUCCUUGUUUCUAUAUAUUUUUUAA